AUGACUUUCCUUCGAAGGUUUGCGACUAGGCACUGCUCUCUCUUCCGCGGUUUGGGUGCUCUAUCCCCGGCGUCUCUUGGAGCUCCAGGCUCGGUAACGUUACACCGGCUGAGAGUGGAAACGCUGCCCGGCGGAGGACGCCCUUUCACCGUAUACAAUGACACACACACCCGCUGGCUACACACCGAGACGCCAGAGCCCGUAGAAGUGGAUCUAAAGCGACUAGAUGGGGAGGACACUGGUAGGAAAAGACGCUCUUUGAAUCUUUAUGAUUUCCACUACCAGGAAACCUAGUUGACCGGUAGUAAGGUUUACAAUUUUUGUGAGUCUAAGUUCCACAAUUUCACCAUGAUUGACAACCUGGUCUCAGAGCAUUUCGUAUUAUUCUGUACAUAAAUCCAGGACACUACAUUUAGUAUGAUAUGUUACAUUUCGUAUGGUAUGUAUUCAUUUGUGGAUGUCCAUCACACAAUUUGUAUUAUAUGUUACGAAUUGCAAAAUGUACAAUAUGUAACGAAUUCACUAAACGUACUAUAUGUUACGAAUUUGCAAGAUGUAUGAUAUGUUACAAAUUCUAGCUCGGUAGCUAACGUUAGCUAGCUGGCUAAUGUUAGCUAGGCUAGGGGUUAAGGUUAAAUUUAGGAGUUAGAUUAGAGGGUUAGGGGAAGGAUUAGCUAAUAGGGUUAAUGUUAGGGUUAAGUGAAGUGUUAGCAAACAUGCUAAGUAGUUGCAAAGUAGCUAAAAUGUAGUAAGUCAUUUAGUUGAAAAGUUGCUAAAAUGCUAAAGUUGUCCGUGAUGAGAUUUGAACUCGCAACCUUUGGGUUGCUAGAUGUUCGCGCUAUAAUCCCACCCAUCCACCCCGACAAAUCUGUCAUUUGUAACCAUACCAAACGUACCAAAUCGUACUAAUUUGAGUGUCCCGGAUUUACGGUUACUAUGUUACGCCUAGUGUAUAAGACCAGGCUGUGAUUGACAAUGCUGAGAAUCACCAGAGAGCCAUAGGUAGUUGAGGUGAAUAAGCUUAUCCUGAAAUUAAAUAAAACUACCUGAAGUUACAGGGGAAGUAAGCGCACCACCUGCUGUGCCAUAAAGUUCCAGACCUCUUGGUAGAGGCAGAAUAAGUAGUAGCCACUUUGAUACAGGGAUUGUUGUGUGGCAGGAGCUUCUGUACAGAGUGACAACCAUUUCCGUCCAGUCUACUGUUCAAUAAUUAACACUGAGGUAAACACUGACCUAUUUACACACACACACAUGCAGGGGAGAUGCUGUUUAUAAAAAAAGCCUUCAGCCUAGCCACAGGUCAGACACAGCCUCAGGCAAUCACCUCCUGUCUCUUUCCCUCCUUUCCUCCCUCCAUCACCUCCUCUCCUUCCCACUCCCUCCAUCGAUCCUCUCCUCCCUCCCUCCCUCCCUCCCUCCCUCAUCCUCUCCUCUUCCCAGACACACACACACCUGUCACCUCAUGGCUCAAAUCUAAAGUGACAACAUCAUCAACAUCUGCACCUAGGCCUGUGCAUCUGCUCAUAUCUCAAAUGCACAAACAAUAACACACACACACAUACACGUGUCUAUCUUCUUGAGGAAGUACACGUGACUCUCUCUCUCUCUCUCUGUAGGUAUAGCUGAGGUGUUGAUGUGCCGUCAGAAGGCAAGGAACGCUCUGGGCCGUGUGUUUGUCUCUCAGGUGGGUUUUUAUCUCUUAUUGAUUCUUACACACACACACACACACACACACACACACACACACACACCGAAUUGAUAACUAUUGAUCAGAGGUGUGGACUCAAGUCACAUGACUUGGACUAGAGUCUGACUUGAUAGAAAAUAAAAUGACUUGACUUGACUUGGAGCCUCAAGACUCGGGACUCGACUUUGACUUGAGACUGAUGACUUCAAAUUAUCUGGCCAGGUUUUGUUACGUUUUGUCACUCAUUUCGCCCCAGUCUGAGGUCCUGAGCGCUCUGGAGCAGGUUUUCAUCAAGGAUCUCUCUGUACUUUGUUCUGUUCAUCUUUUCCAUGAUCCUGACUAGUCUCCCAGUCCCUGCCGCUGAAAAACAUCACCACAGAAUGAUGCUUCCACCACCAUGCUUCACCGUAGGGAUGGUGCCAGGUUUCCUCCCGACGUGACGCUUGGCAUUCAGGCCAAAGAGUUCAAUUUUGGUUUCAUCAGACCAGAGAAUCUUGUUUCUCCUGGUCUGAGAGUCUUUAGGUGCCUUUUGGCAAACUCCAAGCGGGCUGUCCUGUGCCUUUUACUGAGGAGUGUCUUCCGUCUGGCCACUCUACCAUAAUGGCCUGAUUGGUGGAGUGCAGCAGAGAUGGUUGUCCUUCUGGAAGGUUCUCCCAUCUCCACAGAGGAACUCUAGAACUCUGUCAGAGUGACCAUCGUGUUCUUGGUCACCUCCCUGACCAAGGCCCUUCUCCCCCGAUUGGUCAGUUUGGCCGGGCGGCCAGCUCUAGGAAGCGUCUUGGUUGUUCCAAACUUCUUCCAUUUAAGAAUGAUGGAGGAGACUGUGUUCUUGGGGACCUUCAAUGCUGCAGACAUUUUUUGGUACCCUUCCCAAGAUCUGUGCCUCGAGACAAAACAUGGCUUGGUUUUUGCUCUGACAAGCACUGUCAACUGUGGGACCUUAUAUAGACAGGUGUGUGCCUUUCCAAAUCAUGUCCAAUCAAUUGAAUUUACCACAGGUGGACUCCAAUCAAGUUGUAGAAACAUCUCAAGGAUGAUCAAUGGAAACAGGAUGCACCUGAGCUCAAUUUCGAGUCUCAUAGCAAAGGGUCUGAAUACUUAUGUAAAUACAUUUUUUAUUUUUAAUAAAUUAGCAACAUUUUCUAAAAACCUGUUUUCGCUUUGUCAUUAUGGGGUAUUGUGUGUAGAUUGAUGAGGAAAAUGUUUUAUUUGAUACAUGUUAGAAUAAGGCUGUAACGUAACAAAAUGUGGAAAAAGUCAAGGGAUCUGAAUACUUUCCAAUGGCACUGUAUAUACCUUAGUGGUGGUAGUGACUACUGUGCCUUCAGAAAGUAUUCAUACCCCUUGACUUAUUCCUCAUUUUGUUGUGUUACAGCCUAAAUUCAAAAUUGAUUAAAUUGAAUGUUUUUCUCACCUAUAUACACACAAUUCCUCAUAAUGACAGUGAAAACAUGUUUUUAGAAAUGUUGACAAAUGUAUUGAAAAUGAAAUAAAGAAAUAUCUCAUUUACAUAAGUAUUCACACCCCUGAGUCAAUACUUUGUAGAAGCAACUUUUGCAGUGACUACAGCUGUUAUGCUUUUUGGGUAAGUCUCUAAGAGCUUUCCACACCUGGAUUGUGCAACAUUUGUCCAUUUACUUCUUGGUAUCAACUAGUGUAGAUUUGGCUUUGUGUUUUAGGUUAUUGUCCUGUUAAAAAGGUGAAUUCAUCUCCCUGUGUCUGUUGGAAAGCAGAUAGAACCAGGUUUUCCUCUAGGAUUGUUCCUGUGCUUAGCUCUUCCGUUUCAGCACUCUUCUUCAAUGGCUGUGUGAAGUUGCUGGAUAUUGGCGGGAACUGGAACACGCUGUCGUACACCUCGAUCCAGAGCAUCCCAAACAUGCUUAAUGGGUGACAUGUCUGGUUAGUAUGCAGGCCAUGGAAGAACUGGGACAUUUUCAUCUUCCAGGAAUUGUGUACAGAUCCUUGCGACAUGGGGCGGUGCAUUAUCAUGCUGAAACAUGAGUUGAUGGCGGUGGAUAAAUGGCACGACAAUGGGCCUCAGGAUCUUGUCACAGUAUCUCUGUGCAUUCAAGUUGGCAUUGAUAAAAGUCUGUAGCUUAUGCCUGCCCAUACCAUAACCCCACCGCCACCAUGGGGCACUCUGUUGACAACGUUGACAUCAGCAAACCGCUCGCCCACACAACGCCAUACACGUGGUGUGCGGUUGUGAGGCCGGUUGGAUGCACUGCCAAAUUCUCUAAAGCGACGUUGGAGGUGGCUUAUGGUAGAGAAAUUAACAUUCAAUUCUCUGGCAAUAGCUAUGGUGGAUUUUCCUGCAGUCAGCAUGCCAAUUGCACGCUUCCUCAAAACUUGAGACAGCUUUGGCAUUGUGUUAUGUGACAACUGCAGACUUUAGAGUGGCCUUUUAUUGUCCCCAGCACAAGGUGCACCUGUGUAAUUAAUCAACAUGUUUAAUCAGCUUCUUGAUAUGCUACAUCUGUCAGGUGGAUGGAUUAUCUUGGCAAAGGAGAAAUGGUCACUAACAGGGAUGUAAACAAAUUUGUGCACAAAAUGUGAGAGAAAUGAAGCUUUUUGUGUGUAUGGAAAAUGUCUGUGAUCUUUUAUGUCAGCUCAUGAAACAUGGGACCAACACUUUACAUGUUGCGUUUAUAUUUUUGUUCCGUGUAUGUGACUUGUUAAGAAACUUAUUGACUAGAGAUAUUUCAGCUUUUCAUUUUUAAUACAUUUUAAAAAAUGUCUAAAAACAUAAUUGCACUUUUACGUUAUGUGGUAUUGUGUGUAGGCUGGUGACAUUUUUUAAAUGUAUUUAAUCCAUUUUAAAUUCAGGCUGUAACACAACAAAAUGUAGAACAAGUAAAGGGGUGUGAAUACUUUCUGAAGUAUAUAGUAUAGUAUAUGUAUAUGUCUAAAGAUAGUUGUAACAUCGCACAAACUUCAAUACUUAUGGGAUGAAGAUGUAACAUAUUCUGGCUAAUCAAUUACCAUAUUUGUGAGGAGGAAAAAGGUUACAGACAGAUAAUGCUUUCCAUCCGAUCCUGCAACCUCCGCUGCAUACAGGUAGGCCAUAUGAUCCUGCUUGCUCUGGAUUCCAGAGAAGUGGCAAUGUGACAUGAUAUCCCUAGUUGAUAUUGACUGCUAACAUGAAUGACUUUCAGCUCAAAAUGCAGGUGAAUGGCUCAGUUUAUUUCUAUAUCUUGCGUUUUGACAGGCUAUAUUGUGUGUGCGUGUACGCCCUGUGCACGCUUGCAUGUGCUUGCACGGGGGUCGCAAGCUUUGAACCAUUCCUUUUUGGGGGUCGCGGGUCAAAAAGUUUGAAAACCACUGAGCUAGCGAACAAGUUGCUGAUUUGCUGUACAGCUGUAGGUUUGGGUGCAGCGCAAAUGUCAAAUUGUAGGGAGAGAGGAUUGCCAGUGUCACAGGGAGGCUGCUGAGGGGAGGACAGCUCAUAAUAAUGGCUGGGACGGUGCAAAUGGAAUGUAAUCAAACACCUGGAAACCAUGUGUUUGAUGUAAACUCAGCAAAAAAAGAAACGUCCUUUUUUCAGGACCUUGACUUUCAAAGAUAACUCGUAAAAAUCAAAAUAACUUCACAGAUCUUCAUUGUAAAGGGUUUAAACACUGUUUCCCAUGCUUGUUCAAUGAACCAUGAACAAUUAAUGAACAUGCACCUGUGGAAUGGUCAUUAAGACACUAACAGCUUACAGACCGUAGGCAAUUGAGGUCACAGUUAUGAAAACUUAGGACACUAAAGAGGCCUUUCUACUGACUCUGAAAAACACCAAAAGAAAGAUGCCCAGGGUCCCUGCUCAUCUACGUGAACGUGCAUUAGGCAUGCUGCAAGGAGGCAUGAGGACUGCAGAUGUGGCCAGGGCAAUAAAUUGCAAUGUCCAUACUGUUUAUUUAUUUUAUUUUACCUUUAUUUAACUAGGCAAGUCAGUUAAGAACAAAUUCUUAUUUACAAUGACGGCCUACACCGGCCAAACCCGGACGACGCUGGGCCAAUUGUGCGCUGCCCUAUGGGACUCCCAAUCACGGCCGGUUGUGAUGCAGCCUGGAAUCGAACCAGGGGGUCUGUAGUGACGCCUCAAACUGAGAUGCAGUGCCUUAGACUGCUGCGCCACUGCGCUACAGGGUGACAGGACGGACAGCUGAUCGUCCUCGCAGUGGCAGACCACGUGUAACAACACCUGAACAGGCUCGGUACAUCCGAACAUCACACCUGCGGGACAGGUACAGGAUGGCAACAACAACUGCCCGAGUUACACCAGGAACGCACAAUCCCUCCAUCAGUGCUCAGACUGUCCGCAAUAGGCUGAGAGAGGCUGGACUGAGGGAUUGUAGGCCUGUUGUAAGGCAGGUCCUCACCAGACCUCACCGGUAACAACGUCGCCUAUAGGCACAAACCCACCAUCGCUGGACCUGACAGGACUGGCAAAAAGUGCUCUUCACUGACGAGUCACGGUUUUGUCUCACCAGGGGUGAUGGUCGGAUUCGCGUUUAUCGUCGAAGGAAUGAGCGUUAUACUGAGGCCUGUACUCUGGAGCGGGAUCGAUUUGGAGGUGGAGGGUCCGUCAUGGUCUGGGGCGGUGUGGCACAGCAUCAUUGGACUGAGCUUGUUGUCAUUGCAGGCAAUCUCAACGCUGUGUGUUACAGGGAAGACAUCCUCCUCCCUCAUGUGGUACCCUUCCUGCAGGCUCAUCCUGACAUGACCCUCCAGCAUGAAAAUGCCACCAGCCAUACUGCUCGUUCUGUGCGUGAUUUCCUGCAAGACAGGAAUGUCAGUGUUUUGCCAUGGCCAGCGAAGAGCCCGGAUCUCAAUCCCAUUGAGCACGUCUGGGACCUGUUGGAUCGGAGGGAGAGGGCUAGGACCAUUCCCCCCAGAAAUGUCUGGGAUCUUGCAGGUGCCUUGGUGGAAGAGUGGGGUAACAUCUCACAGCAAGAACUCAUGGACUGCAACAGAUUUGCCAGGAGGAGAUGCACUGCAGUACUUAAUACAGCUGGUGGCCACACCAGAUACUGACUGUUACUUUUGAUUUUGACCCCCCCUUUGUUCAGGGACAAUUUAUUCAAUUUCUGUUAGUCACAUGUCUGUGGAUCUUGUUCAGUUUAUGUCUCAGUUGUUGAAUCUUGUUAUGUUCAUACAAAUAUAUGUUAAGUUUGCUGAAAAUAAACGCAGUUGACAGUGAGAGGAUGUUUCUUUUUUUGCUGAGUUUAUUUGAUACCAUUCCACUCAUUCUGGUCCAGUCAAUACCACGACCCCGUUCUCCCCAAAUAAGGUGCCACCAACCUCCUGUGAGAUUUGCUCCACAAACUGUUUGUUGAUCAAGAAUAUAAACUGUUAACAUUCCAAGCUCACCAGCAAUACCAAACAACAAUUACUAUCAUAGCCCUACUGGUCUUUUGGUAUGUCAAAAUUGCUUGAAAUGUAUCAUUUACUUAUGAAGCUUGCAUUUGGAAUUUGAUGUUAAAAUGUAUUAUUACAUAAUCAAAAUGUGUUUUAGACAAAAUAAUGAAAAGGGCUGUCUGUUAGCCUCAAUAAAUAAACAAAGAUGUGUAGUUGAACAAGUCAUUGCCUGUAUAGAUUUUAUUUUUGCUUGACUUGAGUAUUGACUUGGAAAAAAACCUUUGACUCGACUCGACUUGCUCUUAGAAUGCAAGACUUGGACUUGACUCGAGACUCGACCCGUUCUACUUGGAACUCGACUUGAUACUGGGACUUUUUUUUGCUUAUGAGUGACUCGAAUAAUAGUGUCCUGGUCCCACCUAUGCUAUUAAUCUAACAGAGUAUGAUAACUGUUUUUAGAAAUACUUUUCUCUCCCACUCCCUCUCUCUCUCUACCCCUCUCUCUCUCUAGAUGAGGGAGCUGGUGUCCUCUCUACACCAUGACUCAGCUGUGAGGGUGGUGGUCUUCAGGAGUCUGGUACAAGGGGUCUUCUGUGCAGGUCUGUCCUUUUGUGUGUGUGUGUGUGUGUGUGUGUGUGUGUGUGUGUGUGUGUGUGUGUGUGUGUGUGUGUGUGUGUGUGUGUGUGUGUGUGUGUGUGUGUGUGUGUGUGUAUUUAUUUGAUGUCUUCUCUGUGUCUUCUGUAGGAGCUGAUCUGAAGGAGAGAGCUGAGAUGAACCACUCUGACUCCGAUCUGUUUGUUCACGGCCUGCGCUCACUCAUGACUGAAAUCGGUGAGGGGUGUGUGUAAAGUAUGUGUGUGUGUUUGUAUGUGUGCAGACUAGGGGCUACCCCUAGUCUUAUUCAGCCUUCAGCCUGUUCUCAUGCUAGUAUAUCUCACUCAACACCCCAAAAUGCCCCCAAAACGUCAAUUUUCUCUCGCUCUCUCUCUGAAAUCACUUCAUAGGCCUCCACUACACAGUUCAAGAGUUUAGACACAAUUAGAAAGUUAGCACAAACAGUUAGUGUGUUUGUGCAUUGUACUGUGUGUGCAUGCGUGCGUUCAUAGUCUGUAACUACAUCGUCUGAUCUCUCCACAUGUCGUCUCUCUAUGGAUGUUACAUCGGUAUCGCAGCCUUGUUGCCCAUGCCGACGGUUGCAGCGGUGGAUGGCUUCGCCCUUGGAGGGGGUCUGGAGCUGGCGCUUGCCUGUGACCUUCGCACAGCU